GAUCUGUAACAAAAGUCAGUAUAUUUCUGUAUAGCUCACGGUUAAACAUAGGCUCGCCCACGCUGCUCUCCCGCAGAUGCCGUCACCUUUCGAUUGCCCAGUUCCAUCUGCCUGCCCGCCGCCUAAACACGCACCAGAAAAUAAUUAUAAAUAUAUCAAAAUGAGCCGAGUUGGCAGAGGAAGACGUACACGAGUCUAUGACUGUAAUUAUAACAAAGGCGAGAGCUAUUACCGUCCAGUAUUAGAUCGUUUGGACGGUAAGGUGCCGUUAGUGAAGGAACCCGAACCGGAACGGAUCAGGUCAGAUGUAGAAACUCGUAUUCGCAGCGCUCUAGAUGACAUCGAGGCCCCAGCAGAAGAAUUCUUUGACUCGAGAGGCGCCCGCGCUAUUCGAGGCAAACCACUGUCUUCGUCCUUUGAAGAUAGUGACUUGGGAGAAGAAAUAACAGAGUCACUAAAGCGACUGCGUGCAAGCAAAAAAUCUUCCCGUUUUACUGAUGAUCUUGACUUUGAGAACAGCAUCUCGAGCAUUGAAAAUCGAAUGAAAAUUUCGGACAAAAUCCUAGAGAGCGUUGGUUUAGGUGCCUCUGAAAUGAGUAGUGCUCGCAAAGCUCUUAAAGAAAACGAAGAACGUACAGAAAAACGUAUUGCUCGCCGCCUAAAUGAAGAAAAUUCGUUGACAAAAUGGUCAGCUUUAAAAGAUUUCGACGAAGAGAGUGCCGCAGCACAACGAGCAAAGGCAACAAGGGCUCGUUUGUCGGACUUGGAGGAUGAAAUGACGGAAUUGAGUGAGAAAACAGCAGCAAGGGAAAAACGCGCCGCCCGCCUUAGAGCACUCGUCGCUGACACCGAAUCCGCAGACACGACGGUCACAGCAACAAAGAUGACUGUUCGCGCUGAAAAAGAGAAAAAACAAGUGACCUUCUAAGCAAAACAUAACUUAUGAUAUAAUAUACAUAUAUCCCAAAAUGCUAACAGAAACUCUUCAUUUAUAGGGACUUAUUGUUGGGUAUAGAUAAAUUUACCAGACAGUGUAUUCCUGCAUUUCUCAAUGUAAAAUGUUCUAGUCGGUAUUUCUUUUAUAUUUUCAUAGAAUAAAUAGAUUUGCAUAAACCUACUACGUUUAUAUUUAAUUAUAUAAAUAAAAUUUUAUUAAAUAA